CUUUCACCCCCCUUCUCCUCUCCUCUCUCCCUAGAGUAGAGUGGAUUGUUCCUGGGCAGCAGAGGAACGAUGAGCUUGGGGACCCUGUACCUAAUAUUUUCUUAUCUCCUCCUUCCUCUCUCUCUCCCUACUUCGAUCCAGGUCUCACCCCCUCUCUCCUCUGGUCUCUCCACAGGGUAGAGGUGUGUGUUCUGGGCCAGAGGAGCAGGAGAGAUGACCUGGGGGACCCUGUACACCCAGCUGGCUGGUGUGAACCGCCACUCCACCAGCCUGGGGAAGGUGUGGCUGUCUGUCCUCUUCAUCUUCCGUGUCACCGUGCUGGUCCUGGCGGCCGAAAGCGUCUGGGGGGACGAACAGAGUGACUUUGUCUGCAACACCCUGCAGCCGGGCUGCGAGAACGUCUGCUACGACCACUUCUUCCCUGUGUCCCACAUCAGGCUCUGGUGUCUGCAGCUUGUCUUCGUCUCCACGCCCGCUCUCCUCGUCGCCAUGUACGUGGCCUACCGUAAUCACGGCGACAAACGCCAGGUCCUGCAGCAGGGUUCAGUCGGGGGGCGUUGCCGCAGCGACAAGGCCCAGGCGGCCCAGGAGGCUGAGCUAGAGAGCCUGAGGAGGCGGAGGCUGCCAAUCGCCGGGCCGUUGUGGUGGACGUACGCCUGUAGUCUGGUCUUCCGCCUGCUGUUCGAGGGAGGCUUCAUGUAUGCUCUGUAUGUGUUGUACGACGGCUUCCAGAUGCCCAGGCUGGUCCAGUGUGACCAGUGGCCCUGUCCCAACGUGGUGGACUGCUUUGUCUCCCGCCCCACAGAAAAAACUAUCUUCACCGUUUUCAUGGCCGCCUCCUCCUGCGUCUGUAUGGCUCUCAACAUGGCCGAACUGGCCUACCUGGUCGCCAAGGCUAUCGCUCGGUGCCCGUCAUCACGGCGCAGAGGGGGGAAACAGAAAGGGAAGGGUGCAAACUGUUCCUCAACCUCUUCCAAAGACAAGACUCUGCAGCAGAACAAGAAGAAUGAGAAGUUGUUGUUGUCCUCUUCGUCUGGGUCCACCUGCAGCAAGGCGGUGUGAGGACGGGGGAGCUAUAGACAUAGCGUACAUAUGCACACCCAGACGUGCAAAACAUAAGUAGCCUACAGUACACACACAAACAAACCAAAUCAUAAAUAUGUGUAAACACUGUGUAGUCCACUCCAGACAUGCACAGAUCUCCUUCCCUGCUCAGUCACUGGAGUCACUAUGCCAUCUAGUGGCCAAUAUACACACAUGGCCACUGACCCAGGCCGACAGACAGGCCGACAGACAGACAGACAGUUUGUAUUGCUCCUAUGGAAUUGUGAUGAUGGUAAUGAAGAGAUAACAUUGUAAAUACACUGACAAUGGCAUUCGCAGAACCACAGUAGAGUACUACGCGUAACUCGUACUACGAGUUACGCAAUGACCUACAGAGGAUGUGUGUGUUUUAAAAACUUGUGAAAUAAAAAAUAUUAGAUA